AUGAAGCAGAAUAGUAUAUUUUUCUCAUGGAUACUGUUACUACCAUUUUGCGCUCGGGUCAUUGACGAAUGGUCGGAUGAUAGAAAAAAUGGAUUUUUUGAAUUCUUAAUGUCAAUCGGAGUACAUCGAUUCGAGUACAUUAUUGCAAAGUUCAUCUUUGCCUAUGCAGUAUUUAGUAUAAUUUCGGGAUUUUUUUGGAUGGGUAAUAUGUCUGCGAAACUUCGAAUUUCUACCGCUAUUGACGUUCCAAAUAUUAACUAUCUGUCAGUGAUAGACUAUCUUAUGAUGGUUGCCCGUUUGCGCCAGUCGGAAAUGUUAAAAGGCGAUAUACUUUCUUACUUGCAAGACACGGAUCUUUCAAAAGUUGCUAAUCGAUCGCUUAAUUUGUUGUCAUGUACUCAAAAAGAAAGACUUCGAGUAGUAUCAGCAUUUAUCGGCGAUGCGGAUAUAGUGUUAAUUGAUACUCCAACUCGAGAGCAACUUCCCGAGACAAGAUCGGCUCUUCACUUGUUUAUAGAAGCACGAAAAACUAAAAGUGCCAUUGUUAUUGCAACAUAUGAUGCAGAAGAAGCUGAAAUUUUAUCGGAUAGAAUUGUAAUGCUCAGUGAGGGCUAUGUCGUUUUUAAUGGACCUACAGAAACUUUCUUAGAUACAGUUCAUAGUUCUUUUGAGAUCUGUGUCUGGCCCGUAGAUUAUUUUCGUAAUGAUCAGAUAAAAGAUAUCAUGAAACUAGUAACUUGUGAAGAUAAAAAGCUUCGGUCAUCAGUAAAACUGUUGGAAAUGCCAAACGGAAAACUGCGUAUUACAAUACCUGUGAUUUAUAGAAAAUCGUUACCACUUAUAUGGAAAGAACUAGAGCAACAAGCUGGGAAUUUGGAUAUAAGCUACUUUGAAUUAUCGCGUCCAAAUCUACACGACAUUUAUACAACUGCUUGUUUCGAACCUCAACAAUAUGCUCCUCUUGCAAACUAUGAUGAUUUUAAAAAAAUGGUUCCGCAAGGUAUUAUCACACUAUAA